AUGCACUUCACCAGACUCAUCCAGUCCAUCGCCCUCCUCGGAGGUGCUAUCUCCGUCCACGCAUGGAACAGAAUCGACAAAGACAACGCAGCCCUCCUAGUCAUCGACCACCAAGUCGGUCUUGCGCAGCUCGUCCGCGACUACAGCACAAAUGACUUUCGCAACAACAUGCUCGCCCACGCGGCCAUCGGAAAGGUCUUUGAUCUCCCUACCGUUCUGACUACAUCUUCCGAUCAGGGUCCAAACGGACUCAUGUUGAAGGAGAUUAUCGACAUGCAUCCGAAUGCCACGCUUGUCCAGCGUCAGGGUGAAGUCAACGCGUGGGACAACGAGGCAUUCCGUGCUGCUGUCAAGGCUACCGGAAAGAAGCAGUUGAUCAUUGGCGGUAUUGUCACGGAAGUUUGCACCACCUUCCUAGCCCUCUCGCUGAUCGACGAAGGCUACGAAGUCUACGCCAACACCGAAGCCAGCGGAACCUUUGAUCCCCGUUUAGCUGAAGAUGCGAACCGUCGUAUGGAGAAAGCCGGGGUUACGCUCAUGGGCAUCUUUGGUAUCUUUACGGACUUGAUGCGGGAUUGGAGGAAUACGCCUGGGUUGACUGAGUUGCUGCCGGUUCUUGACAAGUAUCAAUUUGCGUACGGACUGGUUGCUCGUCAUCAUGCUGGGGCUAUUCAGAAUGGAACGUUGGCAGAGGUUGAGCUAUCCUUGACUUAA